GACAAACUAUUGAUCUCUCUAUCCCCCCAAAUAGCCAUACCUAUUAACUUUGGCCAUUAUAGAUAAAUGAAAUUUUCACUUUUGUUUCUUGCAAAAAAAUUGCAGACUACUUCUUUAGGACAAAAUGGCCUUGAGCUUUAAAAAGAAAUGUCAAAUGUAGCAGUAAGCAAAACUGAAAGAUUGCUAUAAUCUAAGGCCCCUUCUACACCGCUUUGUACUGGAUUAUAUGGCAGUGUAGACUAAUAUAAUCCAGUUCAAGCAGAUAAUGUGGAAUAUCUGAUUUGAUUACCUGGAUUUUAUGGCAGUGUUGAAGGGGUCUAACACAGGAAUUAAGAGGAUGUUCUUAAGCUAGGGGAUCAUAGAAGAAUUUGUACACGUGUAUAGUUUCUGGACUUGCUCUAGUGAGAUGGCAUUUCUCACACAUGUUUGCAACAAUCAUCAGCUGUGAUGAAACACCAUAACCCCUAUUACGGGAAUAAUCAUUGAUCAAACCGCAAUCACAAAAUCUAGUUAGUUCCUCUUAAAGGUGUUCCACCACACCUUCAGCACUUAUAAGGUAAUCAGUCAUGCAUAUUGAGUCCACAGCAUCCUUUGAACAGCAGCAAUAGUUACAGAGAGGCUCAAGAAAUAUACUAACUUGGCAGAAUGGAUCUCAUUUUACUCAAAAUAUUUCUCAUCAACCUGGUCACAUGCUUCACUUUAUUAUUGAUUAGUCUUCUCACUAUAUAUUUCCUGUGGCCUUCAAAGCUGAUGGAGAUGACAAAUUGGUUCUUAUCUCAGAAAUAUGGGUUAAAGAAGAACUAUGUCAAGCAUGAGGGUUACCAGUUCUGUUACUACUCCCAAGGAAAACCCGGUUUCGAGCCCUCCAUCCUGUUGCUGCACGGCUUCUCGCUCAACAAGGACAUGUGGCUAAUGAGCAUGCCAUAUUUUCCUAAGGGCACCCACUCGAUCUUUGUGGACUUGCCCGGACAUGGGGAAACGUCUUGUUUGCCAGGAGACCGUUACAAGGCAGUGGAUCAAGCCAAAAGGUUACACCAGUUUGUUGAGUGUACGGGUUUGUGCAGAACGCCUUUCCACCUAGUUGGCAUCUCCAUGGGCGGAAUGAUUGCUGGGGUUUAUGCUGCUCUCUAUCCAUCAGACCUCUGUGCAUUGUCCCUCCUUUGCCCAGCAGGUGUGAAGUAUCCAGAAGAUAAUGUGUUCAUGAAGCACUUGAAGGAGUUGAAUAAAAACCACAAACUUGAUUGCGAUAAUCCUUUGGUACCUUUGGAUGUAAAGGGAGUAAGACACCUUUUCAAAACUGGCAUGUUCAGGUCUAUGUUCAUACCCUAUCAGAUUUUGAAAGGACUAGUCAAACUGCGAGAAUACGACAACCAAUUUUACUCAAAAUGUUUUAUAGACUUGGCCCAAGAUGACAACUUGUACUGCCUUCAUGACCACAUAAACAAGAUCACAACUCCAAUGCAGGUUAUCUGGGGAAAGGAUGACAUUAUAUUGGAUCCGUCUGGGGCAGAAAUUUUAGCCAGAGCUAUUCCUGGUACGCAAGUGCACUUAUUGGAUAACUGUGGACAUUUCAUAUUAUCUGAUUUGCCCAAAAUACCCAUAGACCUUAUCAUGGACUUCCACACUUCAGUUUGGUUCACAAUGGAUAAGAAAUUGGUAUAACUCAAGAAUCAAACAUUUCAUGUAUCAAA